UUUCUACUUAAACACUUAUCAAACCAGAACUGAAAUAAUGAAACACCUCGACAUCUUCCACAAAACGAGCAUCGUAUCUCUUCUACAAAAAGUCAAAAAUGUAUCUACUAUGACUAAAUAUGGCGCCCGCAACAGAGCACGUAAAGUGGCAGUUAUUUUCUUAAAAGGAAAACUAAGCGAACCACAAGGAGUAAUUACAAAUGCGAAGGUUCUAAGUAAAAACGGUAUCGAAGUGUUUGUAAUUAAGAUGGAUGAUCUGAAUUCGGAGAAGACUUUGACAAGCAUUACCAGACAACGUAAUAUUCUGGACGCCACCGAGAUAAAAAGUAUGGUGCAACUGAGCAGCGAAUUCUUAAACCGACUUUGCAAGCGAUAAAACCCUGGCUCUCCCCCCACAAAGACUACGGAAAACGGAAUGAACGACUAUCCUUUUAAAAUCUUUUUCAGAAUAACGAAUGAAUAAACGUACCAUUUAGGAAUACACGCAUAUAUAUAUCAAUACAAUACACAAACCUUCAAACAUAUAAUUCAAUACAAACGCGAGUGUGUGGAUCUGCGUUGCGUGUCUG